AUGAGUACUAUCUUAGAGAAAAUCGCGGCCAUUGAGGCCGAGAUGGCCCGGACACAAAAAAAUAAAGCAACGGCCCUGCAUUUAGGUAUUCUAAAGGCAAGAUUAGCAAAGUUGAGAAGAGAACUCAUUACUCCUAAAGGCGGCGGUGGUGCAACGGGCGAAGGUUUCGAUGUCGCCAAAACUGGUGAUGCUAGAAUUGGAUUUGUAGGUUUCCCAUCUGUUGGAAAAUCAACAUUACUCUCUAAUCUAGCCGGAGUAUAUUCAGAAGUAGCAGCAUAUGAAUUCACAACAUUAACAACUGUCCCAGGUUGCAUUAAAUAUAAAGGUGCAAAAAUACAGCUUCUUGAUCUUCCUGGUAUUAUUGAGGGUGCUAAAGAUGGCAAAGGUAGAGGUCGACAAGUAAUAGCAGUUGCACGAACAUGCAGUUUAAUUUUUAUAGUUCUCGAUGUACUGAAGCCACUACAACAUAAGAAACUUCUAGAACAUGAGUUGGAAGGAUUUGGCCUGCGAUUGAACAAACAACCUCCAAACAUACAUUUUAGAAAAAAAGAUAAAGGUGGCAUAAAUUUGAAUAUCACUUGUCCACAAUCAGAACUUGACAUUGAAGCCGUAAAAACAAUUUUAUCUGAAUACAAGAUUCACAAUGCUGAUAUAACACUCCGAUACGACGCCACUAGCGAUGACCUAAUAGACGUCAUAGAGGGCAACAGAAUUUAUGUUCCAUGCAUCUAUCUGCUGAAUAAAAUUGAUCAAAUUAGUAUUGAAGAAUUGGAUGUUAUAUACAAGAUUCCUCAUUGUGUCCCAAUCUCUGCCCAUCACAAAUGGAAUUUUGACGACUUACUCGAAAAGAUGUGGGAAUAUCUGAAACUGAUCAGGAUAUAUACAAAACCGAAAGGCCAACUGCCAGAUUAUAACUCUCCAGUUGUUUUGCAUGCCGAUAAAACUAGUAUUGAAGACUUUUGUAACAAGCUGCAUAGAUCCAUUGUGAAAGAAUUUAAAUAUGCCUUAGUGUGGGGUUCUUCUGUGAAGCAUCAACCGCAAAAGGUUGGAAUUGAGCAUGUCCUAGCAGAUGAGGAUGUUGUUCAAAUUGUGAAGAAAGUU